AUGGAUUAUUAUCACUCAAUAUUAUGGAUGGAAGAAGCAAAUGAACGUUAUCAUUUACUCGAAAAAGAAUUUACAGAAGUUAACCAUUCUGAUAUUUUAAAUAUUUUGUCAAUUUCUUUAUAUAAACAAGGAAAUUUAAAGAGAGCUUUAAUUAUUAAUGAUAAAUUAAUUGAAUUAGAUCCUUUAUAUCCAAAUGCAACAAAUAAUUCAAAAUUAUAUGAACAAGAAUUAUUAGAUAAUGGAGUUAAUCAAGAAGAUUUUCGUUCAAAUAUACCUCCAUUAAUUAAUUAUAGGAUAUCAAACGAUCCUAUCAGAGAUUUUUAUGAUCAUCAAGUUUAUGAAGAACUUUGUCGUGGUGAAAAAGAAAUUAAUACAACAGAAAUAUCCCAGCUUUAUUGUUAUUACAAAAUGGAUCGUCCUUUCCUUCGUUUAGCCCCAAUUAAAGUUGAAAUAGUUCGAUUCGACCCUUUAGCUGUUAUAUUUCGAAAUGUUAUUGGUGAUGGAGAAAUUGAAAUAAUGCAGAAUAUAUCGUUAAGAGAAUUACAUAGAUCUAUGUUUGAAGGCAAAAUUUCCAACUUUAGAAUCAGCAAAAUUGCUUGGCUUUACACAAACAUCCAUCCUGUUGUUAAACAAAUAGUUAAUCGUGUAGAAUUAAUGACUAAUUUAAAUAUGAAGUCAGCUGAACCUUUACAAGUAGCAAAUUAUGGAAUUGGCGGACAUUGUGAACACCAUUAUGAUAUUGAUUCUGGAACUUUAAACGAAUACAGAAUUGCGACAGCUUUAUUUUAUUUAAGUACCCCAGAAAAGGGAGGAUAUACAGUUUUUACUGAUUUAAAAACAAUUGCUAAACCGACAAAAUAUGAUGCCAUUUUUUGGUAUAAUUUGUGGAGAAGUGGAGAUGGCGAUUUGAGAACAAUGUUUUUUUAUAGAUACCUAUAUUUAAAUAAUUUUAUUUAUGAUCCAUUUAGGCAUGCAGCCUGUCCAGUUUUGCUAGGUGAUAAAUGGGCUAUGAAUAGUUUUAUACACGAAAGAGGACAAGAAUUUAGACGUCCUUGUGGUUUAGACCCUUCAAUACAAGAACGCUAUGUUGGUGAUUUGGGAGGUCCGGAACCUAAAAAAUAUCCAAAUAUAUCUCCAUAUUGUAAAGAAGGACUAUAUUGUGAAUGA